GGAAAGUGCAAGAUCGAUGGAGUGCCCUGUGUAAUGAUGCGUGCACGAACGUGGUGCGAUACCGAAAUGCGACGGUUGCGGAGGGUUUCAAAUGUUCGAUGAGGCUGUGUUCAACGGCAUUUGCCGCUUCGUCAGCAGCUGUGAACGCUUUUAGGUCAUCAUAUAGGUAAAACCUUCGUUGGAAGAUAUUUGUCUUUGCUUGGAAGAUGCGUACACAGUUUUUGUUGUGGUUGCUUUUGGGCGCGUCACUACGUGACGUCCUGCUUGGAAGGGACAUUUUAUGAGGCGGCACGGAAUGGCUCUCGUCGAGGCACUUCCGCAGCGAGUCGGAAAUGGCAUAUUGAGCGGCACAUCGGCCGGCCGUAGCGAGACGACCCGAUAUCCCGUGCACAGAUCCGUUGGUGCGAUGUCCGUUGGAGCGUGGUGCGAGCGUGAACAAUAGAUUUUCGUCGCUUUCCGCGCCGGCCGGUCGGAGCAGGUCGGCGUGGGAUAUCCUGCGCGCUCGAGUGGGCUCUGUGCAUAGCUUUGAACUCGUCGCGCGCGCCUGAAGACGCGAGAGAAGCCGACAAGAAAAACACACCAGCACGUACGGUACCACUCGCGCACGCUCGGCGCCUCGCUUCGUACAUUUAUAGAAGGCUCCAAAUAGGGGCCUCUCAAAAGGAAGACGGAGCUCCCAAAGCAGGCAGUGGCGGCACCUCUUUCAAGCAACUACGCAUGAGGAGAGGCACCUUGGACUGCCACGAUGACGUCGUCAACGCUGGUUGAGACGGUGUCGCUGAACUACGAAGACUUCAGCGAAAACUUCCUCACGUGCAGCACGUGCCUGUGUACGUACGAUGGCCAGGAGCGCAGCCCCAAGCUGCUCUCCUGCUCCCACACAGUGUGCCGCAGCUGCCUCGAGCGCCUUGCUGCAGCCGCUCGAUCCCAGCACGAGGGCACGCUGAGGUGCCCCAUCUGCCGUGAGGCUGUGCCUCUGCCAGAGCCUGGGGUUGGGGCGCUGCCCCCCAGCUUCCUUGUCAACCAGCUGCUGGACCUCGUGGCCAGCCGGCGGCGUGAGGUUGUGCCCAAGUGCGCCCUCCACCCUGCGGGGCCAGAGUUGCUCUUCUGCGAGGCGUGUGACCAAGUGUUCUGCUCCACAUGCCUCGGUCCUGCCCAUGCCGACUCCAGCCACACUGUCGUGCCCUUCUCCAUUGCUGUCAAGCGCAUGUCCGAGAUACUGCUGUACAAAUCUCAAUUGUGCCUGAGCAAACUGGAUGCAGCUGCGGAGGCAGUGAGUGCCGAGAUCACAAGGCUUGAUGCUGCUGCGGAAGAAGUAACAGACCAAAUUGAGGCCUCCUUUCGGGAAAUUCAGGACCUUCUGGAGCAACGGCGGAAGUCACUGCUGGCCACAUUGCAGGCACUCUGGGACCGCAAGAAAGAGGCCCUUGAAGAGCAGCUGAAUCAAAUCCAAAAUGAGAGGUCUCAGCUUGAGCAGGAGUGCUGCACCCCCGAGAGUCAGCUUGAUGUCCGAAACCUCACAAAAAAGAUUGCCGACUUGGAUAUCAAGAUGGGUUCUCUAGAUCACUUGGCUGAACCACGCGAGAACUGCUACCUCCAUUUUGACUGUGCCUACAACUCUGCUCUUGAUGACAUUGCACAGGCUCUCAAGCUCUUUGGCAAGCUCGAGACAAGCCACACAUUUCCACCCCUGUGUACAAUUAACGUCAAGGACUGUCCGGCAUAUGUCAGGGCCUGUGCUUUGCUUCGUACCUACGACUGUGACGGUCGGCCUCAGACGGUGGGUGGGGAUCCUGUGACUGUGGCACUAGUGGCAUGUAAUGAAGAUCAGAAACCACUUGAUGUUCAAGUUAUAGACCGUGGCACUGGUGAAUAUGCUGUGACGUUUCAAGUUCCCCGUGUUGCGCGAUACCGCCUUGCUGUCUCAGUGCUAGGCCGACCCUUACAGGGCAGUCCUUUCGAGUUUGCCGCCACUGACAACAUCGACCCCGACAUGGUGUUUGGCCGACGUGGAAACGGCGCUGACGGAUUCCAUCAGCCUGUGGCCGUGGUGUGUGGACCAGAGGGCCUGCUCUAUGUGCUGGACACAGGAAACUGCAGAAUUAAGGUCCUCACACCGGAACUUCGGUUUCUCCGUCACAUGACAGGAGUUGGCGUUGAAGAACGCGGUGGCACAGGACUUGCCAUCUCCCCAUCUGCAGGAACUCUGGUGACAUGCAACUGGAGGACCCGCCUGAUUACUGAGUUCACUGCUGAUGGGACCAUCGUUCGGACCUUCACACAUGCCGACCUGCAGGAACCCACAGCCCUUGCAGUCAACUCUAAGGGGGAUGUGUUUGUCGUGGAUAGCGGGAAACGCUGCGUCUUUAUUUUUAAGCAAGACGGCACGCUUGUCAGGAAGGUGGAAGGAAAAGUGCUGGCGCUGCCGACCAACUUCAACCCAAGUGCUGUAGCGGUGAGUCCGGAUGACAGCGUUCUAGUGGCGGACUCAACAAUACAUGUGCUAGACAUGCACGGCAGCUGGCUCUCAAAAAUGUUUGUCGAGGGCAAGGGGAAAGGAAGAUUUGGGGGCAUCUGUGUCGAUGCACAAGGCAUUGUGCUGGCUGCUCGCCCUGAUCGCAGCAAGAACAACGUCCUGCUGUUUGACCGGGUCGGCGGGCAGCUCACCUACACGAUUGAAAGCAGGGGUAGCCGGCUGGGUCGGCCUCUUGGAAUCGCCGCACUCCCAGAUGGUCACGCUGUUGUGGUAGACCUUGGGAACGACUGUAUAAAGAAGUAUCGAUACAAGUGAUGUGGCCAGCUGUCCUGCCAGAGCCGUUUUGUGGGUCUGCAUUACCUAGUAUUUCUAGGCAUCACUUGCUAGUCACCACAGAGGCACAUGCGUCUGUGGCCAUCUUUUCCAAGCUCCGCGUUGCAGCGCAGAGAGAUCAAACACCUCCUGAGCCAUUAAUGCUGCUGUAGUUUGCCAUAACACUGCACUGGUAGAAUAGUGAACCAACAUGCUUUUCAGUUAUGAAUGCAUUGGGUGCCUUCACGUCAUGAUCUAUUCGACAUACGUUUUAUUAAAGGGCCCUGAUAAUGUAAAACGGGCAUAGCAUACACAGUUUUGUAUGGCAGUGCCGAGUGACUUCACCUGUGGAGAGUAACUUCACCUGUGGAGCUGAUAUAGUAGCAAUAUGCCUCUGAUCAAACACACAGCCUUGAUGUGCAAGAAGUGCUCUUCACAAAAGUACUCCAUGCAACUAAGCUUCAAUCGUAAUUUUUCGCAAGUUUUUAAAUUUUGCAUUCAUAAACGAAUCCUUUUUUUUUAUAAAUUUGGGAACAAGUGUUUGCAGUGCGCAAUUAAAGGUGUAGUAAACUCGGGCAAUCAAUAUGUGCUUCAAAUCUUGGUACACCAAAUUUUCUUCGCUGCGAGACGUUUUGUGCCACGUUUGAGCUUUUGAUGCAUUGUCCAAUAUUCACGGUUGGCCACAACUAUCUGCAGUUAUAAUUACUGCUUUUCCUUUUUUUCUCCCAUGUGAGCCAUACUGCUACAUAUCCAACACAUUUUGUAGUGCUUUCACGAUUAUGUACACAUCCUUCAUUUAAAAAGGCACUUCAUUAAAAAAAAAAAAAAAGAUGCAGUCACACUGGUUAGUGUUUCACGUAAGAGCUAUUGCUAGGCUGACCUACAGUAUUGGCUUAUAGGGAGAUAUGUGAGAUAUAUGAGAUAUGAGAUAUAGGGAUAUAUGAGAUAUAGGGAGAUAUGAGAUAUAGGGAGAUAAGAAGUAUUUGGGGCUUUUUGCUUGACAUAAAAAUAGUCGGUGCCUGGAAUCGUGUUGUAUAGAGUAAAUGAUGGUAGUGUCCUGUCACCGCCAUCCUAGAAUGCUUGAAAAUGUGUCAGAGAGACACUAAGGAAAAAAUUAUUAGUAAAUUACCCAUCUGCAAUACCAAGAAAACCACCCUUUGCAUGAGAGGAGGGUUUGCACUACAGUGAGGUGCGAAAACAAUGUAAGGACACCAUUCCUUCCUCCGUUUGCACCCCCAUACCAAAAGUUCUGUGUUUAAAUCUUUCUUAUUGCACACCCAUGAACAAGGGCUGUUUUAUAUGAAUUUGAUGUGGACACUAUGUAUUUAUCACAGCAUCAAAAGCAGAGUGAAUAGUGAGUGAGCAUGAUGACCGGUAGCACAGUCACCCUAUCAGAUUCUUCCAUUCUCCUUUGCUUGCGCGUGGUAUCCACACAGAAAGACGUAAAUGUGCAAGAAUGGUUGUAGGCGUGGAAGGAAUGACACCACCCUCUCCUUUUGCUUUCACAUCUCGACUGGGCACUGCGCAACAUUUGGACGAUGAGGAUAUUUGCCACUCGCUUGCAUGUCAAAAAGGUGACAAUAGGUAUAUGCAUAGUUUAUGUUAAAUACAGUCCGACAUAUCUGCAGUGGCACAACAGCUCAGAUAUGUGAAAAUGCCCUUGAAAUCUGUAACGUUACAACGUACCAGUGCUACCAGUGCUGGGGUUUCAGUGAAAUUUAAAAAAUGCCAGUAAUAAACUUCUCGUUGCAAAGUUGACUAAAACACAGCUUUUUAAAGAAUUUAUCAAUUUAAACUAAUUUCGUGUUUCUCUUUAGAUUCCCUUUAAGAGAAAAUACUUUCUAAGCCCUGCAUUUUUGGAGUGGUCCAUAUCGCUUGUUUUGAAAGGUGUCUGGCACCGUGCAACCUUUCUUUUGGCACCACUUAGGUCACACUUGGCAAGCUACUUUAUAAGUGGCAUGACCUAAAGCCCCUGCUGUGCUCACUGUCAUGACAACAUUAAAGUUUUGAAGGAGAGAAGAUAAGUUUUGAAGUAUAACAAUUAAUUAUGUUCCGUGUGACAAGUGUGUAGAGUGUAAUAUUGCACAGCUAUUGGUAAAAAUUAAACCCAGAAACACAACAUAAAAGAAGGGAGUUUACAUGUUAUUUGCUUUUGUUAGCAUAGAAUGAAGAGGUCCUUUUAACAUUGAACCAGUAAACAAAGUGAAUGGAUUACCUGAAUUAUGUAUAAUUAUCAGGGCUGCUUUCAUUGUAAUUGCAGUGAUGCAUGCACUUAGUUAUAGCUUUAUUGUGCCAUUCUUGAAUAUAUGGAAUAUAUUUUGCAGCACAGUCUAUCUGAAGCACUGGUAGAGAAGUCAAAUGCCUACCCCCUAUGUUACAUGCAGACUUACUGGCAUAGUCAUGCUUUUGUGAGUUUAUUUUGCGGACUGCAGAACACAGAACAACGGUUCUGUCGACAUAGAGUUGCUAGUCUUUUCUUGGAACUGAGUGCAAGCUCCACACCUAACUCCUUCACUGUCACAUAAUUGCAUGCUCGUACGAGACUCUUGCAGCUGUUCAUAGUGCGUGCCUUGUAUUGCGUGACGUCAGUAGUGAAACGCACAGGUGGUUCCCCACAGGUGUUCUUGAAGCAUGUCAUCUGCUCCUUGUUUUUGUGCAAGACAUUUUGCAGAGGCCAUAUGCACGUGUCCAGUGUAUUUAAAAAAAAAGAGAGAGAAAAAGAAGAGGAGGAAGAAAAGAAACUGCUGGUACAAAACAGCUUUGCAGUCGCACAGAUGAGACAGGACAUUGAACACGAGUAGAAUGAAUGCGUUUCUUUUCUACUUUUUUUCAUCCUUUUGCCAUAAUCUGUGGUUUACACUUAGAAGAAAUGUGUUAUUAGAAUUCGAGCCCUAAUUACAGCUAAAAUUAAAUACGAAAGCCUGAGGACUAAACUUUUUUAUUUUCUCCUUUUCCCUUAGAGAAAGCUUUUUUCUUGCCCCUUCUUAAUCAAAUACAUGCAGUGUGCAUAAAUGCUUUCACUAAGCAACUGCUGAACCAGUUAAAAUAACAUUUGUGAAAUAAUAAAGAAAAAAGUCAAAUUCUAGCAACUUUCACGAGUACAAGCUGUAACAAAAGUCGAGGUUUACACCUCUGUAACUCGAAACAAAAGCUGACAUCAAAAUUCUACAAACCACAAUUGAUGAAGUAUUUAAAGAGGACAAAAUCAACAAGCUAAUUUGCAGUUCAUGUUAAAUGCUGACUUAAUUGUACAGAAGUCUUGCAUGCCCACCUUAAAGGCCAACUGCAACAAAAUGUUGGGCUGCAUAAAAAGCCUAUUUUCAGAUAGCGUAGGUAGAGAGCAGCUUCUGGGCAAAAUUUUAAGUUUGAAAUGCGAGUGGGUACCCCGAGAAAGGCUCACAGAUAUUGAAGCUGUUAAUACCAAAACUGAAAAAUAAAGAAUGCCAUCAUUACCACUUGGCUGAAAAUGACUCGUGACUCGAACUGUGGGGCUCCUCACCGUGACCUCCUAGACGGGGCAUUGCCUGCGGCUCCUUAUGGUGCACUGAAAAAUCUUGGAGGCGACGUACUGGCACUUACGUCAUAUCUUCUAGCCACCAGGUGCCGUGUGUUGUCUGCUUAGGAGCCAUGUAAAGGCUGCUAAUUACCAGCCUUGCAGCUAUGCUGAAAUUGCUUCAGUAGUGCAUAGUACUAAUUUAGUUCCACCAAUUUAUAGCCAACGUGAAAUUUCGUUGUAGUUGUCCUUUAAAUUGUAUGACUAGCACAUUCUAUAUAUGAUUUUGACACUUGCUUUGUUGCAGCGUUAGCAUUAUAAGCCUGAAGUUUCUGUUUGUCUUAUUUUUGUCAUCUUUACAAUUAAAAAAAAAAAGAACUUAAAUCAGAAUCUUUUCCAAACAGCCACUAGUGUUUGGCUUUUUUCCCUUUAGAUAUGUAACAAAUUUCGUGCUAAUUUGUUCUAUGGUUGCCUAAUGACUGCAUUUCUGCAUAUAUGUGAAAAGGAAGGAUGUUUUAAUGUUUGACACUUAACCUAAUGCACCCUAUAUACAAUUCUUGCCCACAAGAAUGGCCGCGAGCUAAAGCUAAUUUCGCACUAGUACUCGCCCUUAAUGGUGUGUAUUGCAUUUUGUCUAUUUCAUAACCGUUAAAUUUGCCUUGCUUGGCAUUCAGUAGUAUAUACAACAUAUUUUACCUCACGUUCUGGAAUUUGUCAGUGUGCUGUAUCAAUGUUGUAGCAGUUGACACGUGUGGCACACAUUCAGCAUUACUGCUGGCAAACCCUGAUAAGCAAUGUUGUAUUUCGGCCAUAGACGUCAGGAACAUGCAAUAGUUCGCUAUUGCCAAUUCUCACUCUUAAGCUGUGCUGCAUGAUUUUGCAAUGCAGUUCACUAUCGUUAGGAAAAUUUGCACAUCCUAGCCUUUUUGGAUUUUUUGCUCUUGCCUCAUAAGUGGGAAAGACCCUUUCAAGUUCCUUGUUUUGUUUCUCCUUUGUUAAUGUUCUCUUUCCUUGUACGUGAAUCACUGGCUUCCUGGAUUACAGAGUCCGCUGUCGAUGUUAUCUCUUGGCGGUGACACAUUGCUGCAGUUCUCGAGUGGGAUAAUAUUCAUUACACCCAGUGCGAUAGUGGCAGGCUGUCAAUUAUUACCAGUGAAUGGGGCAGAAAUGUUGUGAGUGUCCCUCAGUGGUGUGUAAUAACAGCUGAAUGCCAUAAAUUUUUGGUUGGGGUUUUUUCAUAACUACAAUGCUAUUGUACACUCUUGAGCUGUUCUCAAGAGUGACAGUGAAGGUGCGGCUAUACAUUCAAGGUGCAUCGCCGUACUUUGAAUGUCACUUGCAACUGUAGAAAGUGGCUGGAUAAGAAAGAUCAGGCUGCUUUUAAAGUAUUUUGUAGUAUGAGUGGGAGUGGCAAGACAUUACACAGAUAAUAUGGCUAAAGCUUGAUGUGAUGACCAAGUCUUCAGUGCCUUGUCCUAAGUGGGCGUGCUUACGCAACAUGCAAGUGCCCCAAUAACCGGCAGAUUCAGUCUCUUUUUGAAGUUUUCAGACAAAUUUGAUGAAUGUUGCCUUUUUUUAAAAACAUAAUGCGGGCAUGUCCUCUUGUGUACACGCGUGUUGCUUUCAACCUUGCUUGUAGGCAGUCUUGGUGCCUUGCUUUUUGCAUAUCCUUUCUAGUCAUUUGCAAAAGAGUUGUGUAUGAUUCAUUCCAGGUAAUUUAUUUUGGAAAUUCCUUCAGUAUAAGUGUGUGGUAUACCACAGAAAUGUUAACUCGGACUGCAACAGAAGCUGCAAUGCGCAGAAAUGAAUGCCUAUAAUGUAGUUACGUGAGCCAUCAGCAACCACGAAUAUUAGUGUGAACCUUAAAACAAAAUUCAACACUUGCAAGUGAAUCACAAUUUUGCAGGAUUUACCAUUUAUGCGACUAAUGGCUGGUUCCCAGAAGCGUUCAGGAGUGGGCAAGAAAGGAACUCUUGCAGUCAGCUAGUUGUUUGUUGACAAAAGAGCACCCAGGGCCGGUAUAAUGUAGCAAUUUCUUCUGCUUGAUUUUGCGCUAUUCUUAUCACCCAUCAUGCGAAGCUCACUGAUGACGUUAAUGACUGAGGGGGGGAAGGGGGGAAGAGCUUGAGAAAGAACAGCAUUGGAAUACAAUCGUUACAUUAUCCCGGCCUUGAAUUCUCUCGUGCCUGCUUCUUGAACACGCACGACUGGACUGUCAGUGUCCAGUGAUGCAGGGGCGGGCAGUUUUUUUUCAUGUUUUUGCUGUGUGCAUGGAGAUGCUAUCACAAGUACCAAUCUCAGGAAUCUCUUGUACCUUGCACUUUCCUUUGUUUUUGUAUUGAGAGUCUGUAUUUUCUCUGCACCAGACAACUACAACCUGACUGGAUGUGUGUGAAACUUUAUUGUUCAGAGCCGUUGCCACUCUCUUUCCUUGAGGGAUAAUGUAUUUUUUAAAACUGAACAGAUGCACCCUGCAGAAGCAAACAAGGCAGCUUUGUUCACAACAGUGCCGUAAGACAGUGCAAGGCUGCUUACAAAAUUUAAAACAGCAGGCCCCUUCUCCUCAAAAGAGAACAGGCUUGAUGUAAUGCAUAAUUUGUAGGCACAAGCUUGACUUGAGUCAUCAGUAUGCAGGAAAUUGACGUUUGUGGCUUUCAUGGCUCUGAAACCUUGCACAAACAGUUGUACGCACUGAUCUUAGGCUAAUUUCAAAACGCCAUAACACUAACAAGUGCAUAACCUCUAGUUGGACUUACCUAGAGCAUAAAGUGGUUCUGAAAAUCUUGCUGGAGGCACAAGGCUGUGUUUCUUAUUUUUCUAUAAGCCGUAUAGUGCCAAUUCCGGAGUUCUUGUUGCAUCACUGCAGUAAGGGCUGGCAGGGGUGUGCAGCUUGAACGAGCAGGCACUUGGUUUUGCCUCUGCAGGCUCCAAACCAUUUCGUGUUGAAUGUGUUAGUCACAAAGUCCUUUCGUGAAUUAAGGCUGUACUCUCACGUGUGCACAUUACUAACUACUUCCAUCUCGCAGGGGCAACUUUUGCUUUUUGCAGUAUUUGGAAGAACUUGCCUGACAAGCUGCCUUUUAAUUUUCACCAAAGAUAUUUUGCAGUUUUCAUUUAAGGUGAACAACAAGUGUCCGCUGAAAAAGUGUGCACAUUUCCCAACUGUUUUUAUUUCUUUACAAAAUACUCAACUUGUUUUAGCGUCACAUUUUACAUAAUGUUUGUUGGCAUUCUUAUGUGUAAGCACUGUUCACCAAUAUCUGCAUGUUCAAAUUGUGUACAGCGCUGUGCAUCAUGAUAAAGUAGUGUGGCUUUCCUUUGAAUAACUCUGUGGAUCUAGUACUGGCGUAGCUUCCUGCUCAUAAUUACUGGUUCCUGCUGUUUCUGAUGCUCUUUGGAGGCCACAGCAUUUUUUGCCACAUUGUUUCCACCAACUCAUCCACGUCUGUCAAAACGCUCGAAAUUCAGAAAAUGUUUAAACGAAUUAAUGCUAAAGGCAGACAUUGGAUCAGUUUAGGAUGUUAGGUCAACCUUAUAGGAGCCUUGCAACGCUUGUUUGAAACCAAGAGAUGACGUGGCUUUGAACAAACUGCAGAGAAAAUCGCAAACCAAGGAACCACACAAUUCUGUAGUUGAUGUCACUUGCUAUGAAGGGGUCUUUUGUGAAAGUAUCCUAAGCUAUGCCAGUGAUCUUGCAGGCCAUGCUCUGUGUGGCACUACAGCCUACUUUUGAGUCACAGGCAGAGGGUGCCACUAAGCUGAAAUGAAGCGUCUUAAGUCCAUAGUAGCAUAGGUGAUUUGCAAGCAGGGGCAAGUGCAGUCAUAUUGGCCAAGCUGCGUUUUCUCGCAUGUUAAAGUGAAACAUUGUUAAUUCACAAUUCAAUACAGUUGCUUCUUAUUGAUGACUGGCUGAAAUUUACCAUUUAUAAGCAGCACGUAUUGCAGCGUGGGUGUCGCAUAUUUUUUACAAUGGCAUCGCCAGGCCUGGCCAACAUCACUGUUGUGUUUUCACUUGCAGAAGCUCGUUUGUCAGCAACAGUGACACUUUGGGUACCUUGGAAUGCCCUCUUGUAUAGCAUUAACUCGAUUUAAUGCUUGCCUUUUGUGUUUCUUUAAGCACCGACUAUGUAGAACAUACUUAUAACGUGGUGUUGACAUGCCAGUUUCAGAGUGAAUCAGGUGUAGCCCAUUCUGCUUAGAAUUAAAAAGCUCACAUGUACAGUGUGAAAUGGUGAUUUCAACUUCAGGCAAUGCUACAUUGAAAAUACGUUGGAAUUGUUUUCCACACGGUUAUCACUUGAGAGCUCACAAAGGAGUGUUUACUGCAAGCUCACUCAUUAUGCAUUACAAAAGCUGGCACCAACUGCACAUGUAUUCUUCCCGCUGUACAUUUGUGGUUUUACUUCUCAUAACGCCAUUUCAAAAAGUGUAUCACCUUUUGGAAGAAGAAAAAAAAAAAGUGAAGGCACACAUUUAUGCUCGUACGAUCUGUGUUAUGCGUCUUUCAAGUCGGCAAGUAGUGCACUUGAGACACUCAACAAAUGCAUGCUCUAUUUUACAAAAAAAAAAUAUUUGUGGCAUCUUUCCCCUGUUCUAUGCAGUGCAUGAAGAUGUAUGGAAUCGUUUUCAUUGCUGUUUUGUGCACAGUGUGUUGAAGUGCACUUUGAAAAGGGCAAGUUGCUAAAGUCCACUAUACAUUUUGUGGUUUGCUUUUUUUUUAUCUUUCUAUGCUUCGGUCAUACCAAUCUUGCCAUUUUAUAACUGACACAGUUGGGAGACUGCUGUUGUUAUUCCAGUUUGCCAUUGUUUCUUUUUUUAUUUGGUCGCAAAGGCAUAGCCAAUUCUAGAAUGUUUCAAAUGUGCCACUUUUGUUUGGAACAUUACCUGUAUGUGUAUCUGCUGUUCAAUCGCAGCAGCGAGGGCAUCCCUUGUUAUUAGCCUAUUUAGCUUUUUGCUUUGACAAGGCGUAAUGUGGUUGAUGGAAUACCCUAAAGGAAACCUGGUGCAUGUCACUUGCUUGAAUAUAUUGGCUUGCAGGACCAGGCAUGUAGCACUUCUUGUUUUUUGUUUGUUUUCUUUACUGGUGUAUGUGGCAGGCUGGAGAAGCUCCCAAGACAGGCUGGCAAAAGCAGAUUUAUUCGUAGCUAGCGUAAAUAAAAAAAGCGGCUUACUAAAAAUUACUAGCCCAUCUAACAGCAUGCCAUGUGGCACCAUUAUGCAGAUGCCUUCAAAUUAUAAUGCUGCUAGAUGUGCAUCUGGGAAUAAAUCAGCAUUGCUUUGACUAUGGAUGAAAAAUAGCGAUUGCAUUACGCAGCAUUUCAGCUUGUCUGAAAGUUCUUGUAUUCUAUCACAUUGUGUGGGUGAUGUCAUGUAAUGAAUGGUGGCACAGUAGAAAGCCAUAGGAAAGAGAAUGUGCAUAGAACUGUAGCUUUCUCAUGGAGAAAGAGAGAAACAAAAUUGUUUCUGCCUGUGUAUUUUGAGAUCUCCAGACUUGUCAAACACAGUAGUAAUUUAUACGGGAAGGGAUCGAUGUGUGUCACCUGGCAGUAGCAUCGUCAAAGCUGGCUUUGAACAUGUUUUUUUUUUUCUUUGAAUGAAUGAUGUGUGUGCAGUGAAUAAAGAUCCUCGCAAAGCAUA